GCGGGCUGGGACGCCGAACACGAGUAACGCUAUCUAUAAGGCUUUUCCUGCGCGCGUUAAUAAAGUUUAUAACGUUAAUCCAAAGGCUAAUCCAGAUCCACAGUCCUUACACCGAAGAUACAAGACUUACUUCGCGCACAGAAAACGCUUAUAUACCUACGCUGUUAGCUGGAACGUCCGUUUUUCUUGGUUUAUUUAUUGUGGUGCCAGUCGCCUCCUCCACAGAUAACAUCUGCGGCCUGAUAUUUCAAGGCGCAGAUCGUAGUCGGCCAUAAAGGAAAACCAAAUAAAAAUGAUAAGGCAAUGUUUCUUGGGCUUGCAAGCGCUUCUCGUUUUCUCCAUCAUUGCGGUAAUUUACAUUAAAAAACUCGACAUCUCCGCACUGACCUUAAAGGCGCUCGGACGGGCGGAGAAAACGCCAGAAUUCUUCUCGGAUGACGUCAUCACUGAGGGUCGCCCAAGUCCUGCCGCGCCUCCGUCAGCCACGCAGUUGCCUCCUUCAUCCGCUGACCCCGACUUCAGUUCCUGCGCAUGCUCGCUCUCCGCCAUGGGCAAAGCUGGCGUGUACGAGGAGCAGCUGGAGACCGUCGUUCCGUGGGCCAACCUCACGACCAGACAGGCGCUGGAGAAACAGCAUCCCAACUUCCCUCUCAACAUGGUCAGGAGCUUUAAGAAAAAGUGGUGCAAUCUGUUGCCGAUGCCGCACCUAAUAAACUGGAAUAAUAUGUAUCUCCAGUCUGUGAAGGUUUCAAGCACCACUUUUCUGCUCUACUCAGCUUUCUUUGAUAACCGGGAACUCACAGAUCUGCGGCCGUGCAUCCGGAUAGUGGCAUACGCACAAAGAAAAUUCCCUGAUGUUCCCUGGUGUUACAUCUGGUUCAACUCUACGGGGCCGCCCGUCGUCUCUCGCGUCGCCAGGACAGAAUUUUUGGACUGGCAACCGAGAUCGGAGACGCGGCAGAUGACCUUCCUGCUGACGUGCCCGAUACCCAAGGCCGAGACUCCCUCUGUGCCCCUGGCUGUGUCCGUCGUCGCCCGGCCUUGCGAGAAAGCAGGCACCUUAUUACAGGUGACGGGAGCGAUGGAGCGAAACGCAACGACGGCUUUCGAGGGAGGCGCGCCGGCGAGGGGAAGAGCGAGGACGCCGGGGAAAGAGGGGGGCGGGCGCUGGAGCGUGGCGGUGUGCGGGCCGGCGCUGUACUACUUCCACGAGGACUUCUCCGUGCGGAUGGUGGAGUGGCUGGAGGUCCUGCGGGCGCAGGGCUUCGCCAGGGUGUUCCUCUCGGUGACCGACGUCCACCCGAACCUGGAGAGGGUCCUGCGCUACUACGAGGCCCGAGGCUUCGUCGGGAUUGUGCGCUUCUCCUACCCGGAGCCCUACGUCAACGAGCCCAGCAUCCGCAGACUCUGGUUCAUGGUGGAGAAGCAAAAGAGAUUCGCCAUGCAGAAUGUGUACUACACCGACUGCGGUCUUCGCCACAUGCACGAAUACCGCUUCAUUGCGCACAUUGAUCCCGACGAAAUUCCGAUGUUGCGCCUUCAUGACACCUUCCCGCAGUGGCUCUCCGAUCAGCUGAACAGCCACCCCGUUCUACUCGGCGACGAGAGAAAACAGCCUCCUGCCCACAAGUUGAUCUGGUACUACCACCAGAAAAACCUCGAACCUGCACCCUCUGCGGCGUCUCUCCCCGAGUACCUGUGGGCGAUGCGACACACCAAGAGGUCUCUGGAAAGCAUGGCCGUGACACCUGGAAAGACCAAGCCCGUUUACGACAUGGACUUGGCAACAGGCCUCUUUUCACAUGAUGUUCUCACUUGUGCCUAUGGAAAGUGUGAGAGAAACUCCCGUAUAUACAAGAGAGACGUAGCAUACCUCGCGCACUUCAGGUACGACUGUGAGGAUUUCUGCAAGCAACCCAACUCCACCGUGGAAGAAACGAUUCUUCUGAAAUACAAGAAAAAAGUUAUCCCAGCCGUUACGAAAGUUCUCAAGGAGCUUCAGCUGAUUUAGUGUCUUUUCCGCGUUAUUAAGAAAUGGAGAGAGAGUCAAAUUCAAAAUAUUUAUGUAUUUAUUGCAUCGAUUAUUCCUCUAACAGCAGUAAUACCUGAAACAGAAAAAAAAGAAUUUAAAAUAACUUCGUAUCAUGAUAUAUUAUGAGGUGAGAUACAGUACAUUUACAUCUUCAGAGUAUAUUAGAUGCCACUGAUAAUUUAGGAGGCAUAUUAGUUUUGAAUUGAAUAUAAUCAAUAUAUAUCUGCUGUUAGAGGCUUCUAGAUCACGGAUUUGCAUUUACCAUACUGAUAUUUCAGUCUAUGACCUUCCAAUGUACAAAACAGUUGUCCUGUCUUCUUUAAAUAACUGUUGUGUAGAAUAUUGUU